AUGUCACAACAAGAAAAGUACCGCAAGGCAUUCCACUACAGCAAGCGCCUCGCAGAAUUAGCGUCAGAGGAGACAGGAGAUAACUUUCUAGAUCGUCUCUAUGUGUUGACAUCAUUGAUCAACCUCUGGGAAAGGCAUCAAAAGGCGGAGCUCGUUGAAGUUUUACCACCAGGACCUCACGGAAGCCACCAGUACGGGACAACUGCAGAGGAGACGGAGGUGCCCGCACCAGAGGAAGCACCAGGACCUCACGGAAGCCACCAGGACGGGACAACUGCGGAGGACACAGAGGUGCCCACACCAGAGGAAGCACCAGGACCUCACGGAAGCCACCAGGACGGGACAACUGCAGAGGAGACGGAGGUGCCCGCACCAGAGGAAGCACCAGGACCUCACGGAAGCCACCAGGACGGGACAACUGCAGAGGAGACGGAGGUGCCCGCACCAGAGGAAGCACCAGGACCUCACGGAAGCCACCAGGACGGGACAACUGCGGAGGACACAGAGGUGCCCGCACCAGAGAAAGCACCAGGACCUCACGGAAGCCACCAGGACGGGACAACUGCAGAGGAGACGGAGGUGCCCGCACCAGAGGAAGCACCAGGACCUCACGGAAGCCACCAGGACGGGACAACUGCGGAGGACACGGAGGUGCCCGCACCAGAGGAGGCACCAGGACCUCACGGAAGCCACCAGGACGGGACAACUGCAGAGGACACGGAGGUGCCCGCACCAGAGGAAGCACCAGGACCUCACGGAAGCCACCAGGACGGGACAACUGCAGAGGACACGGAGGUGCCCGCACCAGAGGAAGCACCAGGACCUCACGGAAGCCACCAGGACGGGACAACUGCAGAGGACACGGAGGUGCCCGCACCAGAGGAAGCACCAGGACCUCACGGAAGCCACCAGGACGGGACAACUGCAGAGGACACGGAGGUGCCCGCACCAGAGGAAGCACCAGGACCUCACGGAAGCCACCAGGACGGGACAACUGCAGAGGAGACGGAGGUGCCCGCACCAGAGGAAGCACCAGGACCUCACGGAAGCCACCAGGACGGGACAACUGCGGAGGACACGGAGGUGCCCGCACCAGAGGAGGCACCAGGACCUCACGGAAGCCACCAGGACGGGACAACUGCAGAGGACACGGAGGUGCCCGCACCAGAGGAAGCACCAGGACCUCACGGAAGCCACCAGGACGGGACAACUGCAGAGGACACGGAGGUGCCCGCACCAGAGGAAGCACCAGGACCUCACGGAAGCCACCAGGACGGGACAACUGCAGAGGAGACGGAGGUGCCCGCACCAGAGGAAGCACCAGGACCUCACGGAAGCCACCAGGACGGGACAACUGCAGAGGACACGGAGGUGCCCGCACCAGAGGAAGCACCAGGACCUCACGGAAGCCACCAGGACGGGACAACUGCAGAGGACACGGAGGUGCCCGCACCAGAGGAAGCACCAGGACCUCACGGAAGCCACCAGGACGGGACAACUGCAGAGGACACGGAGGUGCCCGCACCAGAGGAAGCACCAGGACCUCACGGAAGCCACCAGGACGGGACAACUGCAGAGGACACGGAGGUGCCCGCACCAGAGGAAGCACCAGGACCUCACGGAAGCCACCAGGACGGGACAACUGCAGAGGACACGGAGGUGCCCGCACCAGAGGAAGCACCAGGACCUCACGGAAGCCACCAGGACGGGACAACUGCAGAGGACACGGAGGUGCCCGCACCAGAGGAAGCACCAGGACCUCACGGAAGCCACCAGGACGGGACAACUGCAGAGGACACGGAGGUGCCCGCACCAAAGGAAGCACCAGGACCUCACGGAAGCCACCAGGACGGGACAACUGCAGAGGACACGGAGGUGCCCGCACCAGAGGAAGCACCAGGGGACCGAUGCAGGGCAGUGUCAAAUCAUCAAAUGACGACUAAUGGAAGAGAUGGCAGUGAACCAAAAAGGAAGAAGCCCUCUCCUGCAAGAUUUGUUGACUUGCCAACAACAGCGAAACAGUUGAAAAUGCUGAAAUGGUUUGUCUCAGAAUCUAAGGCAAGACUGGCAUUAUUUGAAAAUACUUUGUUGGAGGAGACUAAUGUCGAGGUGUUUCCCUGCUGGGUCUCUGAGGCAGCGCUAGAGAACACCAUAGACCUCAAAAUUAUCUCGGAGUUCUUCACACCUGAUGCAUGGGCUGCACUGUUUGAGUCUGAUGCCCUCGUCCUUGACGCACAUACAAGUGUGCCCACACCCUCGGAGGAGCCUGCAUAG